AUGUCAGCUUCAAGAUUACUGAUCUCCAUCAUUAUCAUGGUGUCUGCUUCAGAUAAUAAUUCCUGUCUGAUGACACAACUGGAAAUACAGAGCCAGAGAAUACUUCUUAAUGAAGUUCCCCCUGAAGUGACCCUGUUUCUAAGCAGGCAUAGAACUGUGGUGUGCAAGACAGUUGCAGCAAAGCCAGCUGCACAGAUCUCCUGGACCCCAAAGGGGGACUGUGUCACCGAACAAGAAUAUUGGGCUUCAAGUAGUUCAUGUAUGGAUGGAAAGCAGAUGACACAGAACUAUUCAACAAUUUCUGCAGAAGGUAAAAUUUCACAGCCUGUACUGAUGGAUACAAAUGCUGUGCUUUGUUGCCCUCCUAUCGCAUUAAGAAAUUUGAUCAUAAUAACAUAGGAAAUAAUCCUGAGAGGCCAGCCUUCCUGCACAAAAGCCUACAAGAAAGAAACAAAUGAGACCAAGGAAACCAACUGUACUGAUUAGAGAAUAACUUGGGUCUCUAGACCUGAUCAGAAUUCGGACCUUCAGAUUCGUCCAGUGGCCAUCACUCAUGACGGGUAUUACAGAUGCUUAAUGGUAACACCUCAUGGGAAUUUCCAUCGUGGAUAUCACCUCCAAGUGUUAGUUACACCUGAAGUGACCGUGUUUCAAAGCAGGAAUAGGAUUGCAGUAUGCAAGGCAGUUGCAGGGAAGCCAGCUGCCCAGAUCUCCUGGAUCCCAGAGGGAUCUAUUCUUGCCACUAAGCAAGAAUACUGGAGCAAUGGCACAGUGACUGUUAGGAGUACAUGCCACUGGGAGGGCCACAUGUCUACCAUGACCUGCCAUGUCUCCCAUUUGACUGGCAACAAGAGUCUGUCCAUAAAGUUGAACUCAGGUCUCAGAACCUCAGGAUCUCCAGCGUUGUCCUUACUAAUCAUUCUUUAUGUGAACUCUCUUUUUGUGGUCAUUCUGGUCACCACAGGAUUUGUUUUCUUCCAGAGGAUAAAUCAUGUCAGAUAG